UCAUGAUCAAGGUUGCAACCGCAAAUCAUGAGAAUUUUAGGGUAAAAUGUUGUUUCUAGUUACGUAAACUUCGAUCCCAAUAUAGUGGUUAUUCUGAAUGCUGGAACAGUUAAGUCUUAGUACGUUAAACGCUUUACAUUUGAUCAAAUAACAAAACUUGUAAUCACGAACGAUUAAUCUUGAUCGCUGUGAACUUCCGCUAGUUAUCCAACGUUGCGAAUGCAGGUUAUCCCUUUGUUGUUUGUUGGUAUUUGCCACACUUUCGGUUAUUUAUAAUUAAAAAAUGGCACUCGAUUUUCGCACGGUUUUUAAUUAACCUGAUUAAAAAAAUGGGAAUGCUCGAGAACGACUUGCCAACACAUUUUUCGGAUUAUCACAAUAAUGUGUCAUACGCCGAUCACGACGACGUGGACCUUAAUUAUGUUGAUCAUUCCUAUACACAGUCUAACGAUUCCUAUACGCUGGACGAACCAAACAAUUACGGCACAUGGAGCGAACCGGAAGUCGCAUUCUGGACACCGCACAAUAAACUGAUCAUUGCAUUGUAUUUCGUACAAACACUGCUGGCAGUGACCUUUAAUAUUACUGCUAUAGCGGUUGGUUCCAGGAGAUGUCACGCCAGCAGAAAGAAUCAAGUGGAAUCUGUCCUCAUCAACAUUUGUUGUAUAAAUCUCUUGCAAGUCAUCUUCAUAUUUCCCUUGGAAUUUGCAUCCAAUUAUAUAGAUGAUACCUGGAGCUGGCCAUUUUUGACGGAGGCUUGCCAAUUUUGGCUGGUGACUGGAAAUGCCCUCGCCGCAGUUAAUUCAUGGAACGUUGUGUGCAUUUCAUGCUUUCCAACAAUUUUAAGGAACACCGUUUCGUGCAUUAAGCUGAAGUGGUCAGCGGUUGUAAUAAGUUUAUGGCUGGCCGGUUUUGGACUAUCUCUGUUCAUGUAUUUUACCUGGAAAGUUUCCGAAUUUCCUGGUUACUGCGUAUGGGACAGCAUGGCUCAUGAACAUUGGUUAAUGGAGACUUUAUGCGUGUUUUGGAUACCAGCAGCGCUAUCACUUUUUGUAACCGUGACGCUUUCGAUACACUAUGCCGCCACCAGAAAGAAGGACGAGUAUACCUAUCCAACACCGAUAAUGGCGUAUUCCUGUACAAACGAAAACGUUGAUCUGACAAUGUUCGGACUCCAUCGUUCAGCGGCAUGCGGCGAGCAUAACACCCGGUUAACAGCCACUUCCGCAUCAGAUCAAGCGGAUAAACUGGAUAAAAUCAUUCUGGCACUGGGCAUGACCUUUAGCUUCAUGGCCUGCAUGGGACCGUAUGCGUUUGGCAUGUUACGAGCGCACUACCGCGGUAUGCUUUACAUCAUCCCGCACGGUGUCAAAUUCCAUAAAAUGAUGAUUACAACACUGCUGAAACCGCUACUGGAUGCGCUGGUACUGCUGACGUGUUGGCGACCGUACAGGGAAAAAGUAUUCGGUCGGCAUUGUGGAUGUCGUAAACGGUUCGGAGGUCGUUCAUCCACGGUCGUCGUAACUAAAUUCUAAUUUUAUUGUGAUGAUACUGUUGUGGUUUUAUGCUAAGUGUACUUUGACUGACUGAGACAAUGCACUGCAUAAUGAUGUAGUAUUGAACAACGAAGCAUGAUAAUCUUUAAUAAAGUUCAAA